AUGCCAGCCAGCUUCCUCACGCUACCCCGCGAGCUUCGCGACAAGAUAUACAAGCUAUGCUUGUUGAUCGAAGGACCUGUCCGCCCCCUUGGUGGUUCUGGUUAUGGAUGGGACCUCUCGCCCGGGCUCCUCAGGGUGAACAAGAUCAUCUACAAUGAAGCCAGAUUGUUCUUGUACCAGAAUCGCUUUGAUUUUACUAUGACGCUUGCAUUUUGCAUUUCCCGGUUCCUUGAGAAAAUUGGCCGCGAUAACGCAGACUGUAUCCGACAUAUCUAUGUCGGCUUUCCGAUUUUCUGCAACCUAGAAUUGGGGAAUAUCACCUUCAAGGAUCAAAAUGACGAUGAAAUCCUUCCGACCAUCCAGAACGGUUGCGCUAAUAUUACAACUCUCUCGACGUCCCGGUAUAUCACAUAUCCUAUACAUGAUCUGUUUAACUCCCUCGACGACCCGGAGAUCGUUGCAGAGGCAUUGGCGGUAAUCGAUACUCACUUCAGAGACUUCUUUCCAUCUCUGAAGGAUAUCAUUAUCGAGGUGUAUGAGAACGAGCCAAGCGAUUUUAUGAGAAAGCAAAUUGAGAACUAUGGAUGGAUCAUUGUUACGAAGGACCCUAUUAGAGAUUGGAAUUCUGAUGUGUCUCUCGAUGAAUGA